AUGUCUACACCCCCUCUUCCCUAUCAAGAUACAGAAUUGAAUAUCAAUAAAAUUGAAGAGGAAGCCUUUCGUCUCAUCUGUGUCAUUAAACCUCAUUGGGCUACAAAGAAACUGACUUAUAAAAAGUUAACAGAUGACGUCUCAAACUCCCUGCUCGGCAUGUUUCCCACAUCAACAGAUAACUCUGACAAAGACAUUAAACACGGUCUCGUUUGUAAAGUCUAUGGAAAUAAUUCGGAUUUAAUUAUCGACCGAGAAAAGGAGAUAAGAGUGAUGGUCGAAUUAGCCCAACAUCAAUUUGCUAACCAGAUUUUAUUAAAGUUUAAAAAUGGUUUUUUCUAUGGGUAUGUUCCUGGGAAACCGAUCGAUUGUAAAUUGGUUCGUGACGAACGUAUUUCACUGUUAAUAGCUCGUCGUUUAGCCGAAUUUCAUUCCGUCACAUCAAAAUUAGAAUUUUUACAGGAUAAUCAUAUAAAAUUUUCUCAGUUAUCAGAAAGAUUACGUCAUUACUUUAAUUUAUUGAAUGGUACAAAUCCAGAAAUUCACAAACGUUUGCCAGUAGCCUCGACGGAAGGUCUAUUGAAUACGCCUACAACACCAUCGAGUUUUUUCUCAGCUGUUAAACAGUUUUUUGGUUAUUCGCCACCGUUGACAUUGGAUAAAAUUGAAGAUGUAAUGAAUUAUAAACUGACUAAUAUCGACAACGAGAUAAAACAAAUCGAUAUUAUAUUAAAAAAUAAAUGGUCAUAUAUUCAAAUGGUCAAUUGUCAUCAUGGUACUCAAUGCCAAAAUUUUUUAUACGAUGAAAAAUUACAACAAAUAAAUAUAAUUGAUUUUGAACAUUGUAUGUUCAAUUAUUGGCUCUGCGAUAUUACAAAUCAUUUUAUCGAGUUCGCCGGUUUAUCUAAUCCUGAUUGGUCACUCUAUCCCAAUCGAACAUUUCAAAAACGUUGGCUAAAAACUUAUUUACAGUAUGCCGAAUUUUUACCAGAAUAUAUACGGUUAAAGAGUGGUGGAAUAAAUAAAUUAAAACCAACUGAUAUUGAAUUAGAAUGUUUAUGUGAUUUAAUUGGUAAACUAAUUGCACCAUGCCAUCUUUAUUGGGCAUUAUGGGCAUUCGUAGAAGGUCUAUUGAAUCAAUCAUCGACAACUUUUGAUUAUUCAGCCUAUGGAAAAAUGCGUUUUCAACAAUAUUUAGCACAUAAAGAAACAUUUUUGACAUCAUUGGUAGUUGAGGAGCCAAAAGAGGUGAUUACAAAGUUCUAA